UUAUUAUCUGCCUCGGACGUUUUCAGAUUUGCUUUCUAUCUUACUGCCGAACUUUCGUAAUAGCUUAGGUAUACUGUUAUUGCAGCACUUGCAUAACGUAAAGACGUAUCUUUGAUGCAACGUAAAAACCCAACUUACUCUGACAUAUUUACGGAAUCUGUUUAUGAAUUAAGGCCAACUUUUUACGAAGAAAACAUAAAGCCCCCAAGAUAUUCUUCGAAAUAUGCCGGACAGAGCCGAAAAGAAUAUACAGCUUCGAAGGACGCUACAAAGACAUUUGGCGUACCUGACCUGCCGCGGUCAACGCCGGAUACAUUUUUGAAAAAAGGAGCCAAAUUCAAGCCAGUACGCCUUCGGAAUGCGGAUGAAGACUAUUCAUCAGUAAAAGCCAAAAUCGACCCCUGGCUAUACAUUCAGCCCCAUCCAUUAAGCCGCGACUUCAUUCGUAAAACCCGUAACGAGCUUAAGGAGAUGGAACCAAAGUUUCCCAUGCCAGCUUGUGUGGACCGUCAUAAUGGAGAUCGGUACCAGCUAAAUAAAUCCGGACUUGUGCCAUACUUCGUGUUCAAACCGGCUUACGGGAAAUGUCCCAGAUACCUCGUAAAACAGCAUAAAAAAGCGGCGUCAUUGAAACGAACCAGCGAUCUGCAUAAAGCUAGAGACGAAUAUUUACUGACUAGUGACAAGCAGUUCGUGAUGAUUAAGGAAGACGAGCGUCAAGCAGUGCUAGAGAAGUUGCGACACAAUUUUGAUGAAGCGAUACAUCAAUUUCAAGCGCUUUCUUUCGCACUGGACAACCAAACCAAAAUAAAAACUAAAACAAACCUGGAAAGGGAUCUCAACGAGCUUGAGAAAACCAUCGAUCUAGUUUCCAGGCGCAACAAUAUCGUCGUCAAAAUGGACUAAAAAAAGGUCAUGCCUGAGUUCUAUUUAUUGAACUGCAAUGUGGAUACGUUGGUACUAACUGUGAUACGCUGAAUUCUGAAGGAACGGUGACUGGAGGACAGCUGCCUCGGAUGAGUCGGAUCCGAGUGCCUACAUAAAUUUUGAUCGAGAUGAAAAUUUAUUGACUGCUGUGUUUUAAAACAGCAUCAUUUUUCCGCCACAAUAGCUGCCGUCUGCUACGCAUUUCCCCGUUUCCGGUAAAAAUUUAAAGCCUGCAAGCAUACCGUUCGACGGCCACGAUGCGGAUAACGACUCUUGCUGGCGAUUGCUGUCAUCCUGCGAGCCAACUUGCAAUCGCGUGUCAACAAAGCACCGUCUCAUAAAGAAACUACUCUGGAGAAGCUUUUGUAAAAAAGUGAAAUACAUAUAAUAUUCGUCGGCAAAAGUAACGUGACCUCGUGCCUGUAUCGAAUGUAGCAGUAGUCUGCACAGCCUCAAGUUAGGGCAAGCAACGUCCCGUAGUUGUUGAAGUCCAUCGGCAACCUGUUUUUUUGUCAAUGGCCCUAGCGUUAAAAAAAACAAGUUGCAUGUUCAUUCGCAUUAAUAUCCAUUUUUGCCUGAUUUUACUUAGUUAUCCAGUAGCCGCUACAGUUAUCUUUCCAGCUUCUGGAACCUUUAUCCAGUGUGACAAAGCAAAUUGUUAAAAGUGCGUGCAGUCAGCGCAGACCUCGGAUAUAUUUUAUUCGCGAAUGAUGCCCUGGUCAACCAGUUUUUGGUAGUACAGAUCAGUAAGCCGCUGGUGAGAAUGACUACCGAAACAUGGACAACUGCGAUGCCGUUUUGGGAAGCAACAGCAUAAAAUCCCAACGGCUAGCAGCAUCAC